CAGAAUCUCUAAAAGGUACUGACGGUGGUCAUUGUCGAAUAUAUAAACUGCGAGCGGAGGCCCUUGUCUACUGAAUCAGGGUGCUCCGACGGGCAGCGGAUCUAAUCAGCAAAAAGUGACCAGAUAAGAUGAAAUUCUUAGUAAUUGCCUCGCUGUGCUUUGUGGUGGCGCACGGCCAAACAAGGAUCCCUCCAAAACCAAACGUUCGCACCCUGCCAGCUGAUUCACUAAGAGAUUUCCCAGGCGCUUGCUUCGGCUCGACCGCCUGCAAGAUCUUCAAAGUCGGCGAGUCCUGGCCCCUGGCGCCCUUCUGCGGCAAAGCCUCCUGUCUCAGGGACGGCAACCGCCUCAUCGAGAGGGUGGAGGACUGCGGCCUCAAGCCGAAGGAAUCUCCCGGAUGCAGAGUGGUCAACGAGGCCGACUUAGAGAAGCCUUACCCAGCUUGUUGCCCCGUGUAUGAAUGCCAAGAUGGAGCUUCCCUGCAGUACCCAACCCAGGAGGAGAUUCAGGCUGCAGCCAGGGAAGCUGCCGCUAGGAGUGCUGCCGCGGCUGGAGGGCCCGGUCCUCAGCAGGGAGGGGGUGGAAGACCGGCCGCUGGGCCUCCAAGAAAUUAAAACUUAGUUCCUUC